GGGGGGAGACGGUCAGCUCGGAGGGAGCGAAACGGAGCGCCGCGUCGCUCCAGCUGGGGGCGCGGGGAGGCGGCAGUGAGGGGCUGUGUCAUUGACAGCGCAGGCAAGCGGCGAGGAGCGCGGCAUGAGGCACGGGCUAGCCAGCCGGGAGAGAGGCGCGCGGAGCUGGCCCCGGAGCCUGGCGCUGGCUCGCCCCGCAGGCUCGGCUGGAGCUCCCGCUCGGGCGCCGCUGGUCUCCCCGCGCCCCGAACUGGAAGAAGCGGCUUGCCCAGGGCGAGAAGAGCGGCAGAGCCCGUUGGUGUGACUCGGGAGGAGGAGAGGAGGGAGCGGCAGGUGGAUUGGGCAGGGAGAGGAACAACUUCAGCCGGAGACUGGAGGGAGGGGGAAACCCAGUUCGAAAGGAGAAGGCGCUUGGUCCAGCUGCUCCGCUUGGUUUUCGCCCCCCCCCAAAGAAAGCGGGGAGGGUUGGGAGAGGCGCCGGGACAAGCACCUUUCCCCCCUUCAGGGCACCUAAAAGCAGCGCCCAGCACCCAAAGCAGACAGGCACGCAGAAGCCCGUGGUUUGUGGUUUGCCCCUGCCUUUGCCUUACAUCCCAGCAAGGUAGGCCGGGGUGGCUGAGUUUGGAGGCGGGCAGCCCUGGAGAAGAGGCCAGUGGCCCCGGGGCAAAGAUGUGCCUUUGGUGAGGGUUAGGAAAGUGUAACUCCUGACAGAGCUGUGUGGCAAGGGGACAGGUCUGGACUGGAUUAAAUCAGAAUUUUAAAAAAGAAAAAAAAACCCGGAGGGACACACACACACAUCCACUGACUGGGUAAAGGAGCUGAUAAAAUGUCACGGAAUGCAAUUUAAUCUAAAAGAGGGGAUAAAUAGGACAGCUUCUUUGGGGAUUAAAGAAAUAACAAACGCGAGCCUCGCCAGGAAGUUGUAGGAAGGAAAAUUAAUCGCAGCUCAGCGUGUAUAAGCGGGCACAAAUAUUGUGUAGCCGUGCCCUUUGCUAGCAUUGAACUGCAUCAAGGUAACAAAAGCCCAAUCUGAAAAAAGUGACAUUCCUAGAGUAGGAGGCACAUCGCCCUUAAAACGCUGCCAGAGAGUGGAAUUUCAAAAACAGAAAGGCCCGUCAAGGUGGUUUGUUUGUGUGUAUUGCACAAUGGGAAAGGAAUUGGAAAGGUUACUGGACUUUUUCUGGAUCCUCUAAGAAAUGGCAUCCAUAGACAGAUGGACACACUUCUCUGCUUAGGAGGCCUGGCUUCUGUUUUUCUCCAGAGGAUUUGGUUCUGAAUUUGAAGUCUGCUUGAGUGAACUCAGUUUCUGGUUCGACGUACUGGACCAUGCUGGCAUCCUUUUUCAGCUAAGGAGUUGGGGUUCUGUAUGACCCUAUGCCGGCCAGGAAAAAAUACAUUUUCAUGACUUUCUUUGCCACGUGGCUUCUGCUUUUUUUCUUUGGAGGAGACCAGCUGAGGCGCCUCGUCUUCAUCAAGAAAUCUGGAGCGCCGAGGAGUUGGCCCCGCUGGGCUGAUGGGUUUCUCUUGAAGAGCUUUGCGGAUCCUGAAGAGCUCCAGGGUGAUGACAGGGACCACUAUGACCAGUCCCCCAAAGCUCGGCGAGAGUUGAGACGAAACAUCUACAAGCACAGCGGGUGCCGCAUGGAGACCUGCUUUGACUUUUCCAAAUGCAGGGAACAUGGAUUCAAGGUCUUUGUCUAUCCCUUGGAAAGCGGGGACCCUGUGUCGCAAAGUUACCUCAAAAUCAUCACCUCUAUUGAAGAGUCGUCGUAUUACACGCCCAAUCCUGAGGAAGCGUGCCUCUUUGUCCUGAACGUUGACACGCUUGAUCGGGACCAUCUCUCAAUCCAGUAUGUGCAUGACCUCAGUGAAAAAAUCCAAGGCUUCCCUCUAUGGAACGAUGGCCGGAACCACCUGAUCUUUAACCUUUAUUCGGGCACCUGGCCUAACUAUACCGAAGAUUUGGGCUUUGACAUUGGCCAGGCAAUCCUUGCCAAAGCAAGCUUUUAUAAUGAGAACUUCCGGCCGGGCUUUGACAUUUCUAUCCCUUUGUUUUCAAAGGACCAUCCCCAGAAAGGAGGGGAGAGAGGCUGGCUGCAUAAAACCUCUCUCCCGCCAAAGAAAAAGUACCUUUUGGUUUUCAAAGGGAAAAGGUACCUGACAGGCAUUGGCUCUGAUACCAGGAAUGCGCUCCACCAUAUCCACAAUGGCAAGGACAUCAUUUCACUGACCACGUGCAAGCACGGCAAAGAUUGGGAGAAGCACAAGGACCAACGCUGUGACAAGGACAAUACGGACUAUGAGAAGUUUGACUACCAGGAACUCCUGCACAACUCCACCUUCUGCAUCAUUCCCCGAGGGAGGCGCUUGGGAUCCUUCCGGUUCCUGGAAGCAUUGCAGGCUGCCUGCAUCCCAGUGCUGCUCAGCAAUGGCUGGGAGCUGCCGUUCUCGGAGGUGAUCGACUGGAGUAAAUCGGCCAUUGUAGGGGACGAGAGGCUCCUUCUGCAGAUCCCGUCCACUGUCCGAUGUCUCCACAGUGACAAGAUCUUGGCCUUCCAGCAACAAACCCAGUUCCUGUGGGAAGCGUAUUUCUCUUCUGUGGAAAAGAUUGUGCAAACCACGCUUGAGAUCAUUAAAGAUCGGAUAUUUCAUCAGGCGUCCCACCCGAUGUUCUUCUGGAACACGCUGCCAGGCGGGCUGCUGGCAUUGCCGGAAUACUCCACCCAUCUCAGCGAUUUCCCGUUCUACUACCUGCAGCAUGGAUCCAGCCCUUCCAGCAAGUUUACAGCUGUCAUCCGGGCCGUUUCGCCGAUCGUCUCACUCUCUCAGCCUAUCCUUAAGCUCAUUCAAGCGGUCUCCAGAUCUCCUUACUGCGCCCAGAUUGUAGUUUUAUGGAGCUGUGAGAAACCACCCCCCCUGAGCAGCAAAUGGCCACAGGUUGCUGUUCCUUUGACCAUCAUCCACUCCAGCGGCAGAGUCAGCGACCGGUUUUUGCCUUACUCAGCUAUUGAGACCGAUGCGGUGCUAAGUCUCGAUGAACACACCAGCCUUUCCACCGGUGAGGUUGACUUUGCCUUUAUAGUGUGGAGAAGCUUCCCUGACCGGAUCGUCGGCUUUCCCAUGCGCAGCCACUUUUGGGAUCCCAGCCGGAACCAAUGGAGUUACACCUCCAAGUGGACUAAUGAAUUCUCCAUGGUCCUCACCGCAGCAGCGUUCUACCACAGAUAUUAUCACAGUCUCUUUACCAGUUACUUGCCUGCUAGAAUAAGGAACUUCAUUGAUCAGAUCGCCAACUGCGAGGACAUAUUGAUGAACUUCCUGGUUUCAGCCGUCACCAAACUACCUCCCAUCAAAGUGACCCAGAAGAAACAGCACAGGGACGUUCCCUUGCCACAGCUGCAGAAGAACGCUACUCCUUCCAACGGGAACCUUCGUUUCUCCCAGCGCCAGGAGUGUGUGAACCAGUUUGCAGCCUGGUUUGGAUACAUGCCUCUGGUGCAUUCUCAGUUCCGUCUGGACCCUGUGCUUUUCAAAGACCAGGUUUCUGUGCUGCGCAAAAAAUACCGGCAUUUGGAGAGAGACUAGCCCAGGAGAAGCAGAACCUCUCGGGGACGGGAUGCCGGCAGAGGAGCACUUACAGAAGAAGCUCGCCCCCUACUGGAUACAAGCUACCAGCACGGCUGCACAGCUGGACAGAUCUGCUGCCUACUUGUCUGAAUGAGGCCUGUUGGAUUUUGGUCUGUUGCAGGCUUUGGAUGCAGUCAUUUCACAAGAUUGCAGACUGCAUUCCUUAGUGGGGAAUUGCCCUGGAGCCGUCUGAUUCUGAGAGGUGCAAACUCAUUCCACUGGUAAUCUGUGGAUAUGCCAGUUGAAUGUUCAGUCUUUAUUGGGUUUUACCAGUACAAAUAAAGGUUUGCAGGAAAUGA